UCAGCUAUGGUAAGAAGACGUCUCUAUAAAUUGCUUCAUACAAGAAUGAAAUAAUGCAACAUAAAACAAAGGUCUCAUAAAAACAAGUGUAGCUGGUUUUCUUUCGAUCAAACAAUGGCUUCCGUUAAACUCGCUUCUUUGAUCGUCUUGUUUGCCACAUUAGGUAUGUUCCUGACAAAAAACGUAGGGGCAGCAAGCUGCAAUGGGGUUUGUUCUCCAUUUGAGAUGCCACCAUGUGGCUCUUCAGCCUGUCGAUGUAUCCCUGUUGGUCUAGUUGUUGGUUACUGCAGACAUCCAUCUGGAGUUUUCUUGAGGACGAAUGAUGAACACCCUAACUUAUGUGAGUCUGAUGCCGAUUGUAGGAAGAAAGGAAGUGGUAACUUUUGCGGUCAUUAUCCUAAUCCUGAUAUUGAAUAUGGAUGGUGUUUUGCCUCUAAAUCUGAAGCAGAAGACUUUUUCUCUAAGAUUACCCCAAAAGACUUGUUGAAGAGUGUUUCCACUGCUUAAUUUCCAUAUCCAGAACAAAACCAUGCAUGCAAGACAUGGUGAAGCUAUCUAGUACUUUAAAUAAACAAACUUUGUUUCCAACAUAGGAGUUGGAUUUCUAAGACACGCAUCACAAUUCCAAUAAAUGUUAUAUGUGCAUGGUUGCAGUGUUGUAAUAUAUGCAGUUUCUUUUCAAAUAAUAAAUCUUAUAUCACAAUUAGAAAAA